AGUAGAUACACACCUUCAUCUCUGAUCUGGAACUGUAUGUACUGUUUACACGUCACGUAGGUUUAACACAUUUUGCAUCUAUGUAACGCUGCAAGCAUGCGCUCCUGUCUGGACAUGCAAUGGCUGACCAUAUGCUCCGUGAGUGAGUGAGGGAGGCACUAUGCAGUCUGAGCUCCACACACACAGAGCAUGCCUGUGAGUGCGGGCUCGGGCAAACAUGAGCCUUCCCAGCCCAGAGAUCGUCCACAGCAGCAGCCCAAACUCCCAUCUGAGCCCCCCUCUGCCCAACCCCUCUCUCCACCUCUCUCGCUGCCUCUCUCUCUCCCUCUCCUCAUCUACUCUCGACCUGCGCAGCCUCUUCCCCGUCACCGCUUCAGCACCAGCCGGGAGGACAGCUCCCGAUCUCCGCACGCCGACAUUUGCCGAGCGCCGGCCGGCCCCAUGGAGGAACCCCAGGGCAACACUCUGGUCGUCCGCAUAGGCAUCCCCGACCUGCAGCAAACGAAAUGCAUGAAGUUCAAUGUCGAGUCGCCCAUCUGGUUGUCUAAACAACGGAUCCUCUGCACACUCAACCAGAGCCUGAAGGACGUGCUGAACUACGGACUCUUCCAGCCUGCUUACAACGGCAAAGCCGGGAAGUUUUUAGACGAGCAGCGCACGCUUAAAGAAUAUCCACUCCCAGCCAUCCCUCCUGUACCAUACCUGGAGUUUCGCUACAAGAGGCGAGUAUACGCACAGACUCAUCUGGAUGAAAAGCAGCUGUCCAAACUUCACACCAAGGCUAACUUGAAGAAGUUUAUGGAAUAUGUUCAGCAAAGGAACGUUGAGAGGGUAUCAAAGUUCCUGGAGAAAGGGCUUGACCCAAACUUUCAUGACCCGGAGUCUGGAGAAUGUCCGUUCACCAUGGCGGCGCAGCUGGAAGGUUGUGCAGAUCUCAUCAAGGUUCUGAAGAAUGGAGGAGCUCACCUGGACUUCAGGACCAGAGAUGGCAUUACAGCACUUCACCAGGCCGUCCGCACCAAGAACCACACGGCACUUAUUACGCUGCUGGAUCUGGGUGCCUCUCCGGACUACAAAGAUAGUCGUGGUCUUACUCCUCUGUAUCACAGCUCUAUGGUGGGGGGCGACCCGUACUGCUGUGAGCUCCUGCUGCAUGACCACGCUCAGGUGGGCUGUAUGGACGAGAACGGCUGGCAGGAGAUACACCAGGCUUGUCGUCAUGGACAUGUGCAGCAUCUGGAACACCUGCUGUUUUAUGGAGCAGAUAUGAGCGCUCAAAACGCUUCCGGAAACACUGCCCUGCAUGUGUGUGCUCUCUACAACCAGGAUAGCUGUGCAAGAGUGUUGCUGUUCAGAGGGGCGAAUAAAGAGAUAAAGAACUACAACAGCCAAACUGCCUUCCAGGUGGCUAUAAUAGCUGGAAAUUUUGACCUGGCAGAAAUUGUAAAGACUCACAAAGUAUCAGAUGUUGUGCCUUUCAGGGAAACGCCCUCCUACACAAAUCGCCGGCGUGCAACCGGAGGCGAGACUCUGACAUCAUCACGCCUGCUGCCUCGCUCCGCCUCUGACAACAAUCUGAACAACGUUGCGGACGUCGGCCCCGCCCACUCGCCCGUGCCGUCUCUGAGGAGCCUGCCGCCUCUUGCGCACACCGGGAUCGAGGCGGCGGCCGACUGCAGCCUGCAUAGCACGGCCAGCUCUCUCUCCUCCCACUCUCGCUCGCCCUCCCUCCAGCGCGUCGGGGAGGAGUCCGGCACGCAUGGGGUACGCUGGCACGCCCCCCUCACCCACUCCCACAGUCGUGGAUGCCUCAGCCCGGGGACGGUCCAGCGAGACCCCAGCCCUCCUCUGACGGGGCCCUCGCGCACACUCUCAGGAGCCCGGGGCCCCAAGCGGAAACUCUACAGCGCCGUGCCGGGUCGCACCUUCAUCGUAGUUAAACCGUACACACCACAAGGAGAGGGCGAGAUACAGCUGAACCGUGGAGAGAGGGUCAAAGUUUUAAGUAUAGGAGAAGGGGGCUUCUGGGAGGGAACGGUGAAAGGGAGAACCGGCUGGUUUCCUGCAGAUUGUGUGGAGGAGGUCCAGAUUAGACAGUUUGAUCCUCGACUUGAGACGAGAGAGGAUCGAACCAAGAGGCUGUUCAGACAUUAUACUGUGGGCUCCUACGACAACUUUACCUCAUAUAGCGAUUACAUCAUCGAAGAGAAGAACGCUGUGCUACAGAAGAAAGAGAAUGAGGGAUUUGGCUUUGUCCUGCGAGGAGCAAAAGCGGAGACUCCUAUUGAAGAGUUUACACCCACACCUGCCUUUCCUGCGCUGCAGUACCUGGAGUCUGUGGAUGUUGAAGGUGUGGCCUGGAGGGCAACGCUAAGAACCGGUGACUUCCUCAUCGAGGUGAACGGUGUAAACGUGGUAAAGGUGGGGCACAAGCAGGUGGUGUCGCUCAUUCGGCAGGGUGGGAACCGUCUCUUGAUGAAGGUGGUGUCUGUCACACGCAAGCCAGAGUCUGAGGAAUCAGUCAGAAAGAAGGCACCCCCGCCUCCAAAAAGAUCGCCCAGCACCACGCUCACCCUGAGGUCUAAGAGUAUGACCGCUGAGCUUGAAGAACUAGCCUCUGCCAGGAGGAGAAGAGGAGAACGGCUAGAUGAGAUUUUGGCCUCUCAGGAGUCAGCACUGAGGCCAAAGGUGGAAUCGGAUUAUAGAGCAGCCACGGUAAAGCAACGCCCAACCAGUCGCCGGAUAACACCAGCAGAAAUCAGUUCUCUUUUUGAGCGGCAAGGUCUUGCCUUUCACGGUGCUCUUCAUCCGGCGCUGGAAAAAGCCCACAUGCAGCUGCCCAAAAGCAUGGCCAGAACCAAGUCUUUUGGAGCAACUGAAGAGGAUCGACUUUCUGCCCUAGCAGCAGAGCACAGGUUUCCGCGGAGCUCCUCCAUGACAGACAGCUUGAGAGACAGCCGCAGUAUACCUCCCCCUCCCCAGACUGCUCCCCCGCCUCCCCCAUCACUGUACUACUAUGAUACCGGGCCUCCACCUUCCUUCUGUCCACCCCCUCCCCCUGGCCGCAUUCAUGACCCCAGCCGCUCCAGUUUUAAACCGGGCUCCGAACCAAGACUGCACGCUUUGCCGCAGACAAUGUCCGCAGAGAUGUUUGAACCCCCACGUCACGCCUCCCACAUGGACCGGCAGAAAAAAGCCCGCUCCAUGAUCAUCCUCCAGGACUCCACCCACCUCCCUGUUGAGCCUACUGACAUCCCGAGGCCAGGUGCCAUUUCAACUCCACCCGAGAGGAUCAAACGGAAAGGUAGAAUCAUUGAUAACCCCUACGCCAAUGUUGGUCAGUUUAGUGUAGGCCUGUUCACAUCGCCUCCAAGCAAGCCGCAGCGGAGGAAGAGCCCACUUGUAAAGCAGCUGCAGGUGGAAGAUGCUCAAGAGAGAGCCUCACUGGCACUGGCAUCCUUCCAUGCCAGAGAGCACUCUCCCUCUGGACGCCUAACUGCCCACCACACCAGCAGGGCCGAGUUCUACCAACAGCAGAUGUUGCAGGAACGUAGUCAAGCUCAGGCUGGGGCAUUGUUGAAAGGAAAAGGACCCUUCGCAGCCGCAAUCGCAGAUGCUGUAAAAGACCGUGAGCAACGUCUGGAAGAGAAGCGAAAAUCCACAGUCUUCCUAUCAGUGGGCACUAUGGAGGGCAGUUCAGUCUCACCUCAUGAAGCCCCCUCACUUACACCGUCCCGGUCUGUAGACGAACGGAUGCUCACACGCGAGCUUGGUCAGUUGCCACCUCCUGCCUUGGCGUUGCGUCCCUCCCCUGGGGGAACCACCUUCAUUCACCCACUGACAGGCAAGCCCCUGGACCCCAAUUCUCCACUGGCACUUGCGCUGGCCGCAAGAGAACGGGCAUUAACCUCUCAGAGUCAGUCCCCUUCGAGCAGCCCUGAGCCCAGAACUAAACAUGACGCUGCUGGAGGGUUGCUGUAUAUAGAGACUCAGACCAAAGAGGCUGAGCGCUCUGUGGGUGAAGGGAAUUUUGCCUCAACCCCCUUUUCCCCUGGAACAAAAAGAACUUAUGACCCCUCCAUCCCUACAAGCAAGAUUCAGUGGGGGAGUCCCUUAACCACAAGAAAAGAGUUAGAAAAAAAGACAGAAAGAAAGGUUGAGGACAAGAAGAGUAUGAUCAUUAGCAUCAUGGACACAUCCCAGCAGAAAACCGCUGGCCUUAUCAUGGUUCAUGCAACGAGCAAUGGUCAAGCUAUUGUACCCAGCCCAGAGCACAGCGCCCCUUCUCCUAAGGGGGCUUUGUCAGAAAGUCCAAGACCCAUGUUGGCUGAAAUAAAGCGUGCUAAGUCCCCUGGUCCCGAUGGUUCUUCAAUAUCCACCCUGACUCCAACCACCACUCCAACCUCUCAACCAAAACCUAGCCCGUCCUCAGAUAAAACCUUGGCUCAGGGUAGUUCUGAGGAGGAUGUGGAACCCUAUACGGUUACCUUACCAGCUGCCAUACUCUCCUCCAGUGAUGAGGAGACGCGCGAGGAGCUUCGCAAAAUUGGCGUUGUUCCUCCACCAGAUGAAUUUGCCAACGGCCUUCUUGCAGCGGCAGCUAGAAAAGCGGCACCUCCAUUGGCAAAGACAACUCCCGCAGCCCCGCACCCUGCCCUAACAACGGCUGGUGCCGCAGCAGCACAGGUCUCAGCAAGCAGCAGCCCGCAAGCAGCCUCAGGGAAGCCGUCUGAGUCCCACCUGGGCCCAGAGUCUGCUGCUGACUCCGGUGUGGAAGAGGUAGACACUCGAAGCUCCAGCGACCACCACCUGGAGACCACGAGUACCAUCUCCACGGUCUCCAGCAUGUCCACACUGUCCUCGGAGAGCGGCGAGCCCACGGACACCUACACCACCUACGCAGAUGGCCAGACGUUCAUUCUUGAUAAGCCGCCAGUGCCUCCAAAGCCAAAGCUCAAGUCCCAGCUCAGCAAGGGCCCGGUGACGUUCAGGGACCCCCUGCUCAAGCAGUCAUCUGAUAGUGAACUGCUCUCGCAGCAGCAUGCAGCUGCGCUGGCUGCUGCUGCGGGAGCCUCAGGCCCGGCCAGACCCCGCUACCUCUUCCAGAGACGCUCCAAGUUGUGGGGGGACCCCGUGGAACCCCGUCCGCUUGCAGGGGCAGAGGAAGGCAAGCCCACUGUGAUCAGCGAGCUCAGCUCACGGCUGCAGCAGCUGAACAAGGACACACGGUCGCUUGGGGAAGAACCGCUCGGAGCUUCGCUUGACCCCGGGAGGAAAUCGCCAGUGGUCGGUGCGAGACUCUUCAGCAGUUUAGGGGAGCUCCACACCAUCUCUCAGAGAGGCUACGGCACCACCUACACCAUCAGACCGGGUAGCCGCUACCCAAUGACCCGCCGGUCCCCAAGUCCUGGUUCCCCAGACCGCUCCGAUCCCCUGGGACCCAUCCGUGCUUUCGGACUGGCCACCUCGCCCACCACACCUCCCACCAUCCUCAAGUCAUCUAGCCUUAGCCUCCCUCACGAACCGAAGGAAGUGCGUUUCGUCAUGAGAAGCUCCAGCGCACGGAGUCGCUCCCCCUCGCCCGCCCCUUCCCCGGGCAUGCCCUCACCCCUGCUCGCCCUGCGGCCGUUCCAUCAGAAGCCCCUCCACCUGUGGAACAAAUACGAUGUGGGCGACUGGCUGGGCAGCAUUAAUCUGGCCGAACAUCAAGAACGGUUCCAAGAGCACGAGAUUGAGGGUUCCCAUCUGCCUGCUUUGACCAAGGAGGACUUCGCAGAGCUGGGCGUGACUCGCGUCGGACAUCGCAUGAACAUCGAGCGGGCUCUUAAACAGCUCCUGGAAAGUUGACCGUGCGCCUCCCUCUGUCAGUAGUUAGUCGUUUUUAUUAUUUAUCUUUCAUUUUCGAAAUCGCAUCAUCGGCGGAGUGGGAGUUGGAUCCAUGCCAUUUUUGUAGCAGUCUUCUAAGCCCCUCCCCACUGCCAGCGGCCAAUCACAAGGGUGUUUGAACACUUUAGGCUUUGUUCACACUGCACACAAAUCCGAUUUGGUCAGAUCCAUUAUUUUUGUACAUUUAAAAACUGAUAUGUCACUUGAAUUAGUGAUUUAAGUGACAUCCACAGCAGUUUCUAUAUUAAAAAAUUGGUUUCUUCUACAAUAACUGGAAUUCAGUCUUUGCUGUGUAUUUUACAUGUUUUUUACACAACCUGUUUCCAGAACUGCAACAAUACACGUUAUACUCAGAAUGAAUGAGUGACACUUUAUGGUGUUUUUACACUUUUUAUCCCAAAUGAUGAAAAAAUAUGUUAAAUCUGGCGUUUUGCUGUUCACGCUACAAAAAUGAAAUGGAUACAGUUAUAAACCCCGAAUCUGAUUUUUGCUGCCUGUCUGAACAAAGCCCAUCUGGGAUAUCUCUACUCCACUCUACUAUGUUACUAUCGAACACCCAUGAAUCCCCUAGCUUUAUUAUCCAGUCAUUUCUUUGGAACGCAGAAGGGAUGCUGUUGAGAAAUAAAGGAAGUUCAGUUGCCUUUCAGAGUAUUUUUUUAGAAGCGGAUGAGCAGAGUAGGCGUGGCCGUGUCUUCUCUGUCUGCUGCCUGCCCCCUUCUGGCUGAGGGACGUACUACACCCGGAGAAUGUUUAACCAACACUAGUGGCUUUUUUCAUAAUCAGACUCUUCCUUUGGCUUUCCAAAGGAAAUAUGACGUUAGAUAGAAUAUCUCAAUGUAUUUAAAUAGCUUUGAAAAUGGGGAGAGACAGCAACAAGAAAACGGACCGUGCAAAACUGCACCUGUCUCUCCACCUAGAUGAUUUAUUCCACCAAUAAUUUACUCAUUUUUACCAAUUAUAUACAUAUAUAUUUGACAGAAAAAGUAUAUAGAUAUAUGAAUAUAACAAUUUUGUCAUAAAUAUAAAACUUAUAUAUGAUAUUAUAUAUAAAGACAAAAAACACUGAAAACGAUUUUUUUUUGUAUAUCUUUUUGGUUGGACUGUAGCAUGAAACGUUACAUCACCAUACGGAAUGACGGUUGAUUGGUUUGUUCAAUUUGCAUUGUAACCACACCCCACUAUUUUUUAUUUUGGUUGUUGGUAUUGUCUGUUACAAUUUUACGGAACACGGGCUUCCCUCUUGAACCGAAGCAUCUCACAGCGGGUUGACUUUUAUUUAUGUUUAGCUGUUUUCUUUUACCUAAACACAUUAACCGGUGUGGUCAUUAUGUUUUGACAUUUUUUUUACACAAAAAGCAUUCCUAAAACAGUAAUACACUCUCAUGCACACAACCACACUGCUUUCCUGUACAAAUUGGAAUCUGCUGAAUUUAAGGUCUAUUCACAGUCUUCUUUAUGGGGAAUAGUUCAACCAAAACUCUCAUUUAAUCUCAAUUUUGGCAUUGCAAGCCUGUUUUCAUUUUUGUUUAUGGAGCUCAAAAGGGACACAUUUUGUGGUUUUUCUUUUACAUGUAAUCACAAUGUAUAGAGUCUGAAGCUUUUGGGAGCAUUAAAGGAUGCGAAAGCACCCUAAAAGUAUAGUCCAAUAACUACACUAACAUUUAAAUUAAAUUUUACUAAAUUUUACCGUCUUAAAUUUUCAAGCAAAAUUGGAUUAACUAGUCAUUUUAAUUUAUUUAUUUAAAAUUUGAUGAGUAAAUUUUCAUGAUUUAAAACAUGUAAAAACUGGUAGAAAAACAAGUAUUUAAGAUUACUUGCUACGCCAGUUUUGUAAUAAAAAAUUUACAUUACACAGUAACUCUGUAUAUUUAAGUCAUACACUAGUUUUGUGUAAGAAAUAGACCAAAAUACAUUUAAUUAUUAUUAAUGGUAUUAUUAUUAUUAUUAAACAUUAUUUCUCUUUUGCUUCACCCCACUUGCUAUAAAACAAAAGGUAGUAAUGUCCUGUUUGUGAUAAUGUAUUUUUAAGAGUCAGAUCUUUUUAUUAAAUCAUUGAUUCACUUUCAAACAAGAGCCUAAAAAGCUUUAGUCCCUGUUAAAUGUGAUUGCGUGAAAAAGAGCCACAUCAUACGCAAUCGCACAAUUUCUUUAAAACAUAACAUUUGUGAAUGACAUCAUAGAAUUUUUGGGUGAACUUUUCCUUAAAUCUGGCAAUCCGCAAACCUUGCAAUAAGUGUGUGUGUGAAACAAACAAGCGUGUGAAGCAAUGUGUGUGAUGUGUGUGCAUGAAAGGAACACUGUGGGAUUAGAAGUAUCACUAAUAUUCCAGUUUAUCUGAUGGUACCGACUGGUGUUCGACAUGUCAUACAGAAAGCAGAAUCUAGAAUUGUAAAAGAUUUUCUGAGCCAUUAUAUGGCCUGUAUGUUAAUCUGCUAUACGCACUGAAACAUUUGGCUUACUUGUUUUGGCCAGUUUUGUUUUAUUAGAUUUUUUUCUUCAUAGGUGGAUUUGGUAGCUCGUGAAAAAUGAUGCUUAGAAGAAUUUUUAUGAAUUAAUUUAGAAUGAAUUUUAGAAUGAUGUUAUUUAAAAGAUGAAGCUGAGGACAAAAGACUCAAUGAAAAAAAAGUUUAAAAAUAGCCCAGAGAUCCUACAGCUGUAUAUAUGGUCAAAUGACUAAAAUAGUUGCUUUUUAUAUCAAUCACAAGCAAUGUAUAUACAAUAGUUUUCAUAUAAAUUUGUAAAAAUCAAAAAAGAUAUAGAUCUAUAUAUGAAUGUUUGGCAUAUAUGCAUAGUUAACCACCUGUCGAAAAAGGUGAAGAUUUUACUCUUUUUAUGGAGUUUGGGGGUGAUUUGCACAAAACAAGGUGCUAGCAUUUCAAGUCAUUUCCAUCUAUCCAAAUUAUCCCUCCAUUAGGGCAACAAACACAUAAGGCCAAGGUCGUUUAACACGCAUACAAUCAUCAUAGUUCUGUCCACCACUGCUCCUCUUUAGCUUUGUGCGUGUGUGUCCAAACCAGACUGUGAGGGCAAAAAAAGUCAUAAACAGACAUUUGAAAGUGUUCGCCUGAAAAAUCAACCCUUAUGUCAUUCCUAACCCGUUUGACUUUGUGGAAUAUAAAAGAAAAUGUUUAGCAGAAGCUUGUUCAUUAUCUACAAUUAAAGGGGAUGGGAACGAGGGACAGCUGUAGUCACCGUUCCACACCUUUGUUGUGUCCGAUUUCGUGGGAAUUAUGCUAGAAAUUGUAUGUAUUCCAAGCAAGAAAUACGUGUUUGGAGUGACAUGAGGGUGAGUUUUAUUUUUGCGGUGAAAUGUCUCUUUAAGAAAUCACUAUUGCUCAUCUCUUGUCUUGUUUUAAAGGCCACAUGAUUUGCAUCCGAAAUCAGAAUAGCCUCUUUCUGUUAUAAGAGGAACUCCCAAAUGUAUUUGAUUAUCACUGGGUAAUAAAGCCGUUUCUAUAGCGACCAUGUUGCUUCAGAGCCACACAGCUUGUUCAGGGUAGAUGCCAUAUUUGAUUUGACACUGGUAACUAACUUUUGUAGAAUUAAGUCACACCGAACAGAUAUACUGCUGGCAUUUUAUUAUACCUUUGAAUAACCAAAACCACUGCAGAUUUAGAUCUGAAAGAUUCACUCCGAUAUAAAGAAAUCACAUUAUUUAUGUUACCCAAUGUCCUCUUUGAUUCUAGAUUAUUAAAUUAUGAAAUGCAUUUUCCACAAAUUCCCACAGCCUCGGUUUGAUUUGCUUUCGUAUUUGAAUAUGGCAUUUAUUCUGAAGGUUUAUCUGUUCAUCCUGAACUCAGAACCCUGGCCCAAGUUAUUCUGAUCCUGCAAGUAAUCGAUUACCUGUUAAACAGUGAUCUGAGGAUGGUGAAAAUCUUUGUUUAAACAAUUCUGUCUCUUUGACUCUACAAGGGCUUCAAUAAAGAUGUUAAGGGGACGUUUGUGGGCGGGCCUUUAAGAUAACUGUGAAUUAUAUGUCCUUUGCUGCAAACCAGCCCUGAAUCUACUCUUCCCAUCUCGUUUGUUAGAUCUGGAAAAUACAAAACAAACCCAUGGAUUAAAGGAUGAAAAGAUACAUGCUCGGUGACCGUUUCAUAUAAAAUCACGAAUGUGAAUCGAGAAAUGAGAGUGUGUGUGCAUUUGUGUGCAUUGUCUCACCUAACACUGCAUUUCUGAGCCAUAUGUACCACAGAUUUUCUCAAUUUCUCAAAUAACUUGCGAGCUGUGAUUAUCAUUGUGUACCAUUCACUCAUACUUUCAUAUUUCGUAAUAUUGAUGCUACAUUUGAGUUGAUUACAGAGUGAUUGGUUGUUUUAGCAAGAUGAAAGAAAUGAAGAAGAAAUUGAACAAACGUGCCAAAAAGUAACGACCUUUUUAACUUUUCUUCAAGGGUCUUUAGAAAACUACAAGCUGUUAGAAUCAGCACUAUGGUGCCACCUCCUGGAAAUCUUGAGCCCCUUUUUUCUUCUUGAUUUCUUCAUUUUCCAAAUGAAACAUUUCUACGUGUUUUAAUGUUUUUCGACUAUUACACCAGCCCAUAUGCGGUCGGGUGUAAGUGGGAUUUCACAGGUAUUUUCGUCUCUGGAUAUGUUUUGUUUGGUUUAAAUGACUGUAAGUCAGUUAAUGACUGACUGCACGUUUGAUGGACACGGUCCCUGACCUUUGCCCUUUACGCUCCCCAAUGUAGCGCAGACAUUAUGGGGUUCUGAAUAUGUCAAGAGAAUUGAGAAAUUGCAAAUGGUUUCUUUGUAAUUUUAUUACAUUUACAACCAAUGGCAGGACGAAACAUGAAAUAAAACACAUCAUUCACAUGACUAUGUUCUGUAGGGUUGUCAAUCUUGUUUUCUGACUAACAAAAGCACAAUAAAAUGGGAAGAAAUGCAGCAUAUGCUGCUGUAAUGAGA